AUGGGAAUUCCGAAAAGUAUCACCCUGCUUGUGUGUGUGAUAUUUGUGUUCACCGGGUUUAUCCUCACCAUUGUGGCCACGGCAGGGUCUACGUCGAAUUACUCACCCAUCAACAACGUGUAUCUGGGCGAGGCUGACAUCUCGCGUAUCAACGUGACCAAAGUCAUCCCCGAAACGGCGCCUAUUCUGGACGUUUUAGCCGCAGCCAUGCAAACCAGCAACGGCUCGAACGAUUAUCUGUUUUCUGCGCUCAGAACCAUCGCCGGCACGGCCGCGCUGGGCCCACUUCUCUCGCUUUUAGGAAACUCAAACAAUUUGACCACCACGGUCGAAUCCCUGGCUGCUAUUGCACCGCUGAUCGUGCAGUCCAAUGCGUCCUCGUCCUCAUCUCAAGCCCUUGGACAGGUUAACUCGCUAAUGGCAAACUCGAACAACGUAUCCGCAACACUUGGUGGCCUCCAGACGAUUCUUGCGGGUUCCUCCUCGUCGGUGCAGGAUGCGAACUCGACUCAGGCCGUUUUCGAAAUUUUGAGCGACUCUCACAACGCAACGGCUUCCGCCAACGCUCUUGCAGGUAUGAACAACCUCAGCGCUUCGGACAAGCAGCAAUUAGCACCCGUGUUUGUCAUAUUCCAGGAGUCUUCCAAUGCUACAGCAACUCUGCAAUCUCUCGGGACUUUGAUUACCGCCAAUAUCUCUGCUGAAACUGGUGCUCAACUAAUAAGCGCGCUUCAAACAGGUGGCUCGGAUUUGCAAGCAACGAUUUCACGGCUAAGCAGCUCUGUACCUUCCUCGAUGAAUACUUCCAUUAUGGCUCUGGGUUCGCUUUUGACGUCCUCACGUAACGCGAACACCACGCUACAAAUGCUAGGUUCGUUGUUACAACAGAAUGUGAGUUCUUCUGCUCCUGCUCUUGCUGCGUUCCAGGAUCUAAGCGUAUUGUUGCGCGAAUCCGACAACGCUACUGCUACUCUAACCUCCGUGGCUGUAUUGAGCAAUUCAACGAGCCAAGAUACGGCACAGCAAUUAAGCGCUUUACAAGAGAUUUUAAACUCUUCCAAGAAUUCCACGGAGACAGUUGAGAUCUUGCAAUCCGAAGCGCAAGUACAGGCUCAAGGAAAUUCAAACUCGUCAUCUGAAGCUAAUGAAAUGGCCGUGGGCAAUUUGACUAAUCUUUUGCAUUACUCCACAAACGAAACUGAGACCUUUAUUUCGUUAAUGCAAUUGAGCCAAUACGUCCAAGCAAACAGCACCGCUUUUACACCAUUGCUGGGAGUUUUGAGCCAAGUGAAUGCCCCAAUUAUGCCGGUCAAUCGCGAUGUGCUGGAAAACAUUAUGCCUGAGAUCUUAAACAAUUUGAGAGUCGAUUCUCGAUACAGAUUGAGCAUUUUCACGCUUUGCCGUGGACUCAGCACAGGCAAAAUCCAAAGUUGUUCGUCUCCUCAUGCGGUGCAAUCAUUUGUAAUGAGAGACAUUUUGUAUGACGAGUUGGAAACCUCGGACUUCAAGCCAUACAUGGACGCAUUGAACGUUCAAAAGCAAGAUCUAUACCUGGAAGGUAAGCUGCAAAAGAAGGAGCACUCGUAUGUCCCAGCGGUAAGAUCUGCCUUGGCAUUUAACCUUUUGGUCAUAAUUCUUUCGUUUUUCUGUCUGAUCACCUUAAUUGUGAGCUUCGUGACUACCGCUUCGAAACCAAAGACUCAAAAGCUCAGCUUGUUAGCGUCGAAAAUAUUAUUGUCGUUGGUAGCCAUUUUUGCGCUACUCUCAGGUGCAAUUAUAACAGCGAUGAUUAACAUCAUUAAAUCUGACACCAAAACCGACGAUUACAACGUGAGAUUUUAUUCCGGAUCUGCCUAUUUGGGUCUAAUAUGGACGACAUUUACGUUGUCAUUCAUUGCGCUCGUGAUUUUGUUGUUGAUCAGACCAUCUGGUUUAAAGGGUGAUGCUGCCGGUGCUGGUGUUCUUUCCGAUGAUUUGAAUCCCAACACCUCUUCAGAAGCGGAUUCAAACGAAAAACUGACGAGGUCAGAUGUCGCCAAUGCCUGA